AUGUCAUCACACCAGGCGCUCCAGGGGCACCGGUGGGGUGGCUUCAUUAUGGGAGCAACCACACCACGGCGGAAGAGGAGGAAGGUUGCUCCGGUUACCCCGCGGCUGCCCAUAAAUCCGCCAACCGCUGUGCAGACACCAAUGCAACCCCUGCAAUUCAAUUUCCCACCUUCUGUCCAGCGCCACUUGCCCCAAGCAAUUGCAGACAUGGUUGGCGAGAGCUCCGGCGAUGAAGACGGGCAACAGCACCAGCAGCAGCGAGGGCUUUCACCCGUGAACAGGGGUCUGCAGUGCCCACCGAACCUCCCCGCGCCCAUCCCUUUCCGUUUUCCCAGCACACCGGGUGGGUCCCUGGUGCUUGAACCCCCGCCACCACCACCAGUUCAACGACCCCGCCCGCAAACACAUGCCGGCACCAAGGUUUCCCUUCACCAAGUCAUCCAUAAUCAGAAUCAAGCUCAAAGGGAGCGCCUGACAACGUUCAUCGGCAAUGUUCACGUCCUUGCGCGCCACACCACCUUCUUUCUCAAGUACUACCUUGCUGAUCAUCCUCUACGCGAUUUCCCGGACAUCACCAACAAGCACAUCAGUGUGAUGUUUGAGCUGCUCAACAAUCCAGGCUACAACGGCAAUCCAGUCAUCGCGCAAGAGACCGCAGCGUACACGGCUAUGAGCAUCUUCACAAACCUCAAAGUUAACGUACAAGAGCAUUUCAUGCAAAUGUUUCUGCGCUACGUCAAUGAAAGGCUUGGUUUGAAGCAAGUGGAGCGGCAUCUCCGGAGAGCGCAGCAGCGACACUAUUAUCGUUGUGUCCGUCAAUGUACAAAGUACGCGACGUUUGAAGAGUACCCAACCGAAGAGGAGCUUGCCCGCCUCACACGACUUGAGCGGACCAUCCUCGACUAG